GAGUUAACUGCAUGUCUCUUUCAGCAGGGGUGAUUACUGGUCUCUCUCUUCUGCUCCAGUAACUGGAGGCGCAAGUUCCUUCUUCACCAGCCUUAACUUCAAGUCAAGUGUGGGCUGUGUUCUGCUGCUUCAGCCAUGGCACCUAAAAAGAACAAGGCGACCAAAAAAAGUAAAGGAGACAUAAAUGAAAUGACCAUAAUGGUUGAGGACAGUCCCGCCAACAAGAUCAAUGGGUUAAAUGCUCUGUUAGAAGGAGGAAAUGGCUUUAGCUGCAUUUCAACCGAAGUUAAUGAUUCGGCGUAUGCCCCUAAUCUUCUGGAAGGUUUAAGCAGCAUGAGACAUGAGAGCUUCCUCUGCGAUCUAACGGUCUCCACCAAGUCAAAGUCAUUUGACGUCCACAAGGUUGUCAUGGCCUCCUGCAGUGAGUACAUUCGUAACAUCUUGAAGAAGGAUUCAACACUUCAAAAGAUUGAGCUGAACGACCUUUCACCUGUUGGCCUCGCCACUGCCAUCACCUACGCCUAUUCCGGAAACCUGACCCUGUCACUGUACAGUAUUGGCAGCACUAUUGCUGCGGCUAUGCUGCUCCAGAUUGGCACCUUGGUGAAGAUGUGCAGUGAUUUCCUCAUACAGGAGCUCAGCGUGGAGAAUUGCAUGUAUGUAGCCAAUAUUGCCGACGCCUACAGUCUCAAAGAAACCAAGGAGGCAGCUCAGAAGUUCAUGAGGGAGAAUUUCAUUGAGUUUUCAGAAAUGGAGCAGUUCCUGAAGCUCACCUAUGAGCAGAUCAGUGAGUUCCUCUCAGAUGAUUCCCUGCAGCUCCCCUCAGAGAUCACCGCCUUCCAGAUUGCCAUGAAGUGGUUGGACUUUGAUGAGAAGAGGCUGAAGUACGCAGCCGACCUCCUAACCCUCAUCCGCUUUGGCACUAUCACUGCCCAGGACCUGGUGAGUCAUGUCCAGAGCGUGCCCAGGAUGAUGCAAGACUCUGAGUGCCACCGUCUCCUUGUUGAUGCCAUGAAUUACCAUCUGCUGCCAUACCAACAGAACAUCCUCCAGUCACGCAGAACAAAGGUACGUGGUGGCCUCAAGGUGCUUCUCACAGUUGGUGGACGUCCUGCCCUGACAGAGAAAUCUCUCAGCAAAGAUGUCCUCUACAGAGACGUAGAUAACGUUUGGAACAAGUUGACAGAAAUGCCAGCAAAGAGCUUUAAUCAGUGUGUGGCAGUCUUGGAUGGCUUCCUCUAUGUGGCAGGUGGCGAGGACCAGAAUGAUGCAAGAAACCAGGCUAAACAUGCUGUUAGCAAUUUCUGCAGAUAUGAUCCCCGCUUCAAUGCGUGGAUUCACUUGAACAACAUGAUCCAGAGGCGCACCCACUUCAGCCUCAACACUUUCAAUGGCCUCAUGUUUGCCAUUGGUGGAAGGAAUGCUGAUGGUGUUCAGGCCUCUGUGGAGUGCUAUGUGCCUUCCUCCAACCAGUGGCAGAUGAAAGCUCCUAUGGAGGUGCCACGCUGCUGCCAUGGCAGCUCCGUCAUCGAUGGAAAGAUCCUUGUAUCUGGAGGUUACAUCAACAACGCCUACUCCAGGGCUGUGUGCUCGUAUGACCCGUCCACUGACACCUGGCAGGAUAAGAACAGUCUCAGCACACCUCGAGGAUGGCACUGCGCUGCCACUGUGGGAGACCGAGCCUAUGUCAUGGGUGGCAGUCAGUUGGGAGGUCGCGGGGAGAGGGUGGAUGUCCUCGUCGUUGAAUCUUACAACCCUCACAGUGGGCAGUGGAGCUACUGCACACCUCUUCACACAGGGGUGAGCACAGCUGGCAUUUCCAAUUUGAACAACAAGGUCUAUCUCCUUGGAGGCUGGAAUGAGGGAGAGAAGAAGUACAAGAAAUGCAUUCAGGUUUUCAACCCCGACCUCAAUGAAUGGACUGAGGACGAUGAAUUGCCGGAAGCUACAGUUGGCAUUUCAUGCUGUGUCGUCACCAUACCCACAAGGAAAACACGAGAGUCCAGAGCCAGUUCAGUUUCAUCUGCACCAGUCAGUAUAUAAGGGUUUAAUUUAUUAGAAUUCUGUAUUUUACAUGUCCAAAGGUCUCCAGCUUUACUGUUGCAUAAAACUUGGUUCUCAACUGUACCAACAGCUAAUUCAUUGGGACACUAUUUAAAUUAACUUUCUUUUGAUUAGCAAAAUGCAUGGGAACAUGUUCCUAUAAAAAAAUUUGACAAAAAAAGCCGGUGCAACUGAUACACAUGUUGCUAUUCUCAAUGUUUGUAGUUUAGUAUUUUUCACAUCAUUCAUGUCAGACAAUGUUUAUGAUAGAGACAAUCUGUGCAUAAUAGGUGUCCAUGUCAUUAUUUUUAGUCCAAGAAAUUUCCAUUUGGGGCCAAAAGUUGGGAUCUCAUUAGCCCUUUUCUAUGGCAAAUGUAUGAAAAGUUUAAACACAAUCUCAGUGUUAAAAUUAAUCUGUGACAUUUGUGACUGAGAAAAAAUGACACUGGAUUAUGUGACAGUCCAGUUUAUGGUGACGACAACUACUGUGAUUCUCAGAUACUUGUACAGACUAAUGAGUGUCAGAAAGCUGGAGCUGUGUUGGCAUCACCUGCCAGGUGUAGGUGUUUGUGAUUGGUGUUUAAACACACUGCACAGUUUUCAGUUAUCUUGUGCCGAGGGUUGUAUGACUGACACAAACACCAUCAGCAAAGAAGAAGAGGGUUGAAUGGAUGUGUAUGUGACAAUAAUAAACUAUUUUUAAAUAAAGAAAGAGAAAUGUGACUCUGGAGAGAUGCUGUCAGCCUGAGCUUUCCUGGAAAUCAGUAUGCAUGAAUUCCCUGACUGCUCAUGUCUUUUUUUUUCCUUUGUUUUUAAAUUUUAAUUUUAAUUUAAAUUAAAGAAAUGAAGUACGCUA